CAUGUGUUUGAGUUACUGCUAGCGACUCCACACGUCAAAAAAAGACAAACACCAACUCUGGCAAUAAUAAAAGUUUAUCGAUGAACAGACUAAUGAGGCGUGAGGGAUGUUUUUAUAUCUGAACCUCUGAGCGGCGGAGACACCGAGUUAAAAAUUCAUGUCGGUGCGUUUUGAGUCGUAGGUGAGGGCAAGUGACUUUGUUGUUUUUUUGGUCUUGGGUUUUUAUGAUUAUCAUCGUACAUGUUUUUACUCAAACGGAGCGCAAACUUAUGACAUUUGACACAGCCUGGGAGCGGGGCUGCAAAUGGGCGGCAUAGGUGGCAACCUCUACCUCAGCAUGUUGAAUGGGACUGAAACGCAAACUUUCGGAAAGAACGCCGACAUCAGCAGUCACUUCCACCGCGGCGGCAAGGAUCUAGCCGAGUUCAAAAUGGGGAUUCAGGACGCGAGGUUUUACUACUCGGACUCUGUUCAGAGCGGGCAGGACGCGCUGCCGCUGCCCUACCACUCGGACCAGGCGGUAGGAGGAUACGGAGCGCAACCCGGCAGGUUUUACGCACAGACCCUCAGCAGCUGCCCGUACGGCGGCGUGCGCUCUCCGCCGAGAAGCGGAGCCGGGCAGGCUUACAUCCCGACGGCAGGAGACGGGUUUCCCACGGGCGGUAAAGACGUGUACUCCCCUUCACCGGAGAAUUACCCAGCGAGCUUUCAGCACGGGUUCCAGCGGCAGCCUCUCUACCCUUUACCUGGGCUACAGGUGUGCGGGAAGACUCAGGCUCUGCUCAAUAACUACCCACUGUGGGCCAAGUUCCACAAGUUCCAAACCGAGAUGAUAAUCACCAAGCAGGGGAGGAGGAUGUUCCCCUUUCUGAGCUUCAAUAUCAGCGUUCUGGAUCCUACUGCCCACUAUAACGUCUAUGUGGACGUCGUUCUAGCUGAUCAGCACCACUGGAGAUACCAGGGCGGCAAGUGGGUCCAGUGUGGGAAGGCAGAAGGGAACAUGCCAGGGAACAGGAUGUACAUGCACCCCGACUCUCCCAACACAGGAGCUCACUGGAUGAGACAAGAGGUGUCGUUUAGCAAGCUCAAGCUCACCAACAACAAGGGAAGCACCAACAAUGUGGCACAGAUGAUCGUUCUCCAGUCCCUCCAUAAAUACCAGCCUCGUCUUCACAUCGUGCAGGUGAAGGAGGAUGGCACGGAGGACCCCUUCCUCUCUUCUAAAGCUCAGACGUUCAUCUUCCCGGAGACUCAGUUCAUCGCUGUUACUGCUUAUCAAAAUGCAGAUAUCACUCAGCUGAAAAUAGACCAUAACCCGUUCGCUAAAGGUUUCCGUGACAAUUACGACACGCUGUACGCUCCUCCCGACUCUGAUCGCUUCACCCCCUCCCCUACAGAGGGCCAGCAGCUGCUACCAGGGAGCUGCUACCCCCAAGGCUACCUCUCUGAACAGUACAUGAGCCCCCUGCCCCAGAGCCGCUUCUAUGGCCGCGAGCACAUUGGUAUGGGCCAGCAGCACAAAGACCCAUCCGCAACCCCCGGUCCCCACAGCCGCUGGUACCUGUCACCUCAGCAAGGCGUGGCUCCAAAUCGGCUUGACUUCGCUUCCUCCUAUGAGGGGGACUUCUCUGGAAAUGGUUUCUACAAGCCCUUCCCCUUGCAGACAUCUGCUCACCAUGCUCUCAGCUACUAUUCAGAUCAUCCGUUUGCAUCUACAAGCGUGUCUGUAUCAGGAGCCGCUUCAGCAGGUUGGAGCGCCAGCCGGCCCACCCCACAGUACCUCGGUCACCCCACUAAACCCGGCCCCACUCUUGGGUGGUUUCGACCCAUAUCAUCCUCCUCUUCCUCCUCCUCAUCUUCGACAUCCCCUGGGAACCCCAGGCUGCACCCUCCUCCACUCCUGGACUCUUUUCAGCCGCCCUUGCUGCAGGACAAGCCCAAAGACACUGUGGGCGUAGUGCAAGAGGAGCCUUGGCUCGAACCACCUUCCGUGAAAUCAGCGGACUCGGGCGACUCUGGCCUGUUUGAGGGAGGUGUGGGUGAAAACAAGAAGAGGAGGGUGUCGCCAUAUACGUCCAGCACUGAAAACUCCCCACCCCCGCGCAGUGGAGAGGUCUGUGAAAAAGACAGCAACAGCGAUGCAGACUAUUAUGGUUAUUACACCCACUGAAGACCUCACACAUUAUCAUGGUCGCCACAGUGUCUCCCAACACCUUCCCACACUGCCCUCAUUGACACAUUUACUGUCUGUCCAGGAUAACGAUGAAGGGCUGGAACAGUCUCUGGUUUCGCUACAGACAAACUGCACAACGUAGAGAAGGACAGUGACCAGCCCCUCGAAGUGUCAGACGACUACAGGAACUUUCAAAGUUAGCGUCAAGGUUGGCGUCGAAAAGAGUGGAAGUGACUGGAACGCUGGCCUAAAGUGACAUAAACACCAAACAGACAUAAAGACCUGUGGCUUAGGCCUUUGAAACAUCUGGAGAUUUGUAAAAAAAAAAACAACGAAACAAAAAAAAAAAAAGAUGUGCAUAUCUGCUUGCUGACAGACGCCUGCAGCAAUUGUCUGUUCUUUCUGCAUCAAACACUCUCACCAUGUCUCCUUUGGUCUCAUCUACAUCAGUUCUCACCAUCAACCAUUCACACAUCUUUGCAAUAUGUUCAUGUUCGUUUCCCAUCACGAUUCUGAGCAGAAAUUAUGGCUUUUCACAGUGUCCUCUAUCUAAUUAGCGCAACACCACCUAGUGGCCACAGUGAAGCGCUGUAGGCCAUGGAGUGACAGCAGGCUUGUGUUCUAGAAGGGGAACCUUCCUCAUACAUAUUAGCCCAACAUUUUCUGUGUGUUCCUCUACAUCUGCCGAGAUUUUUCCAACCACGGCGAAAAUCGCAGGUCCAACAUAUCUUACUGGUUUGAAAGCAAAGCUGUUUAAGUAAUAUUUAAUGUUAAAAGUUAUUAAAUUUAUUGUGACACCUCUUUGUACUUUACUGUAACCCUGUAUGCCACUCUAAGUCCAAACCCAGACGCAGGUAAUACAGAACCACCUUCAUCAAUUUCAGUAACUGAUCAGCCCACCAGGACGUGGUUCACUUUGUCAAACAUUAGUAAGCUGAAUUUUGGGGGGAGUAUUAUAAAAGAGUUUGUGCUCAUGCAUCUGCACUACCCACAGUUCAUUUCCUAGUCGUUGGAUUCCUCAAUUAAGAUGGAGAUGUUUUCUGUCCUGUAUUGUUUUCUCACUGUACACUGACUCCAAAUUAACAAAAUUCCCCAAUUUGAGGAAUUCCUGCUGAUGCAAACACUGUUUUGAGGGUUUCGCAGGAUGUAGCAGCCGAGAUCUGCAUGGUUUACAAAGUGUUGUACUGACUCUGGCUGAAUUUUUCCCAUGAGUUCAUUUGGGAUUUCUAUUGAGUUUGCAGUGUGCAUGUAGGUCUUAAAGCAAGAUACUGACCUCUCAAUGCACUGUGAAGCAAUAUUCUAAUAAGUGGGGCCAUAUUUUGUCUGUAGCAUGCUCAUGGGAACACAUAUUGCAGGGUAUUUCCAAUCGGUUCAAAUUAUUCCCCUGAAACCAAUCAACACAACAGUGCCAUCAAGGUUUUUGGUUUAAAUGAUACCAGAAACGCCAUUAUGGCUUAUGUUGCAUAUUGGAAAAACCUCAAAAGGUACAUAAGCAUUAAACUCUUUAUGUUUAACUAAACAAAUUGCCAUGUUUUCCAUAUAACAGUGUCAUAAUUUUGAGGAUCUGGGU